ACCCAUACUAAGGAGGGUAGAGGAGCUCAGGAGGGCUACAAGUGCCUGCUCCCGCUAUAUUGAAGGACUUCCACCGAGCCGCGGAGGACAGGGAAGCUCCAAGAUCCAAGACACUGGGAGGGGGGAGGAAUAAGAAGAAGGUAGGCUCCAGGGGGUUUCUGGAAGUCGGAGAUUCCUGGAGGAUGUCUUAGAUAUGAAGCUGCUUGGGGACAUCUGAAUAGCUCCCAUGGAGCUUCACCACCUUGCUAAGAAGAGAGGGCAGGCGGACCAGUGCAACAAUCUGGACUGGAGUUUGGGGGCUUCUCCCUGUGACCACCAGCAGGUUAGAGGAGAUGUAAAGUUGGCUGAAGCAGCCACAAGAGCUGCUUUAUGCUGUCAAAAGCACUGCAAAACAAUACAAAAGGUUAUAGAGGAUAAUGAGACCAGCCCUCCUCCCACAUUUGACUUCCUCUCUCGGAAAGAUAGCAUUGUUCAGACAGAUGGCCACCCAUCAGGAUCUCUCAAGGCAGAAAAAGAGCCAAUAAUGGCCAAAAAUGUCUGCCAAUGUUAUGCCCAGGAACUUGAAACCUCCUUCACCUAUGUUGAUGAAAAUGUUAAUCUGGGGCAUUGUACUGGCAGUCUUUCUUCAGCAAAGGAUGGCAGCCACCAAAGAGAUUCUGGCUGGGAGAACCCAAAUGAAUGGCCUCAUGAGGCUGCCAUGUCCCUGAUAUCUGAAGAAGAUGACACAGGCUCUGAAGCCACUGCUUCAGGGAAGUCAACCGACUAUGGCUUUAUCAGUGCCAUUUUAUUCUUGGUCACUGGUAUCUUGUUAGUGAUCAUCUCCUAUUUGGUCCCCAGGGAAGUGACUGUGGACCCCAACACUAUCGCAGCCCGUGAGAUGGAACGCUUGGAGAAUGAGAGUGCCAAGAUUGGGGCUCAUCUAGAUCGCUGUGUUAUAGCUGGCCUCUGCCUCCUUACUCUAGGUGGUGUGGUCCUGUCCUGUUUGUUGAUGAUGUCCAUGUGGAAGGGAGAGCUAUACAGGAGGAAUAGGUUUGCUUCUUCUAAAGAAUCUGCAAAACUCUAUGGUUCUUUCAAUUUCAGGAUAAAAGCUGGCACCAAUGAUAACACACUAGAAUUGUCCUUAGUGGAAGAAGAUGCCCUCACUGUAGAUAGUUAAUUGUGGCUAUGCAUUUCCUUUUAAAAAAUGGCAGAGGAGAUAUUCCUAUUAUAUUGAACAACAUAAAGUAAGUGAUGAUCCGCAGGUUGAGUAUCAGCUCUAGAAUUCCCUCAAAAAACAAAAACAGAAAUAAAAAAACCAAGUACCAUUUAUUAAACAUUGCUUAACACAUAAUGAUGAAUUAUUUGCUUGAUAAGAAAAGUUUGUUAAUGAAUACCCAUUAUUUUCUUUGUGGAAUUGUUUUUCUCAAGAAUACAAAUCAUAUAGGCAUCAAUUAAAGAAACCCAACUUUAUAACUUAAAGCAUUGAUACACAAAUUGAACAGUAAUGAACUAGUAAUGAAGAUCUAUUUCUGCUUUUAUUAUUCUAAGAUGAAAAAAAUUAAGAAAAAAAGAUUAUUUAAUUUUUAUUUCCCUAAUAAUGAACACUAUAUUCCAUCCCUCAGGAUGCUUAUCUUUACUGCUUAUAUAUGUAGAUUAUUAAUAAUUUACUUUGUGAUAAAGAUGAUGAGAAGUAACCAAAUAGAAAAUGCAGUACAGUGAACUAGAAACUCUACUUGGAAUCUGGAAAUCUUAAGUCCAAUUUUACCUUUGAUAUUAGCUGUAUGAUCCUGGGGAAAUCUUGCAGCCUCUCAACUUCAAUUUCUUCAUCUGUAAAUGAGA